UCAAGCUCUACAGACAUUCUCCGUGUACGAGUGAUCGCCGCAACCUUGAGGAGCUGCAAGAGCGGGUGUGCUGCUUUUACACUCAUCGAAGUUUCUCUAUUGAAACGUCAAACUAGAAACUGCAGAUCGUUGUUUACAUUGGCGUUUAGUUGAUCGAUUAGUGUGGUGUGUUGUUCUAGGAGAAAAGUGUGAUAAUUUCCUGCUUUUGUUUGACCACUUCUCCGGUAUGGCAAAUGAAAAGAAAAGUGAUCCGGAUGUAGGAAAACAAAAGCAAAUAAACGACAAGAAAGUCAUCCCGACCAAAUCUGCGAGCACGAAAGUUAAUCACAAUUGGUGGAUUUUGUUUGGUGCGAUCUUCGUACUGACGGUGGGAACCAGAUUCUACAAUGUAACUCUACCGGAUCAUGUGUGCUGGGAUGAGACACACUUCGGAAAGAUGGGUAGCUGGUACAUCAACAGGACGUUCUUUUUCGAUGUGCAUCCACCGCUGGGGAAAAUGUUGAUCGGACUGUCGGGUUACCUGACCGGGUACGAUGGGAAUUAUCCGUUCGAUAAACCGGGAGAUAAAUAUAACGGAACACACUACGAAGGGAUGAGAAUUUUCUGCACCGCCCUGGGAGCGGCCGUAGUCCCGAUGUCAUUUCACACCGUCUGGGACAUGACGGGAUCGUUGGCCGCAUCCGGAUUUGCUGCGGCUUACAUCCUGUUCGACAUCGGAAUGCUAAUUCUGAAUCGAUACAUUCUGCUGGAUCCACCGUUGAUAUUUUUCAUGACGGCUUCCGUUAUGGGAAUGGCACGUGUCACGAAGUUAACCCGAGAGGCCCGAAGUUUCACGGUUACCUGGUGGAGUUGGCUCAGUUUUACCGGUGCCAUGCUGGCCAGUACAAUCAGUGUAAAGUUUGUCGGGCUGUUCGUUGUGCUGCUGGUUGGAUUACACACGGCUAGUGAUCUCUGGGACGUGUUGGGCGAUCUGACGAAACCGAUUUCCUACACCGUCAAACAACUGCUGGCACGAACGUUAACCCUAAUAGUACUGCCAAUUAUUCUGUACGCCACCUUUUUCUACAUUCAUCUCGAAGUGUUAAACCAAAGCGGCAGCGGCGAUGGAUUCUACAGUUCCGGGUUUCAAUCGAACCUGGUCGGAAAUUCACUCUACAAUGUGUCAAUGCCUCGCCAGGUGGGUUAUGGCGCCGUAAUCACACUUAAAAAUCACAAAACCGGCGGAGGAUAUCUUCACUCCCAUAAUCACCUUUAUCCGAAAGGAUUCGGCGCCCGACAGCAACAGGUUACCACCUACAGUCACAAGGACGAUAACAACAAGUGGCUGCUGAAGCCACAUAACAAACAGAGCUUUGAUAAUGUCACACUACUCAAGCACGGCGAUUUGGUUCGUUUCGAGCAUGUUGCAACGAAGCGAAAUUUACACUCACAUCGGGAGCAAGCACCCGUUACGAAAAAGCACAUGCAAGUAACGUGCUAUGGUGAGGAAGGGCAAGGAGAUACCAACGAUGUCUGGCAGGUCCAGAUUAUCGGUGGCAAAGAUGGUGACAUCGUAGAAACCGUUACCAGUCGAUUAAUUUUCUACCACUACAUCGAACGGUGUGUACUGACGACGACGGCCAAACAGCUACCGAAGUGGGGCUUUGAGCAGCAGGAAGUAACGUGCAAUCCGAAUAUCCGCGACAAGAGCGCAGUUUGGAAUGUUGAAGAUAAUCAGUUUGAUCAGCUUCCAAGUGUCAACUUUCAAGUUUAUGCUCCCGGAUUUAUCAGUCGGUUCUUUGAAUCGCACGCUGUUAUGCUACAGGGAAAUUCUGGGUUGAAACCGAAGGAAGGUGAAGUGACUAGUCGACCGUGGCAGUGGCCUAUAAACUAUCGGGGUCAAUUUUUCUCCGGGUCAGAGCACCGCGUGUACCUGUUGGGAAACCCAAUCAUCUGGUGGAGUAAUCUGCUGUUCCUGGCUCUGUUUAUUAUAGUUUUUAUAGUUGAAGUUAUCAAGUAUCAGAGGAACUCUGCGCCAUUACCGCGAACUACCGCCGGAUCAUCCGUCGUCGAAGAAAAUGAUUUCAAAUGGCGAUCGUUGAGGGCUUCGGUGUGGCUAUUUGGAGGCUGGCUGCUACACUACCUGCCUUUCUAUGCGAUGGGCCGGGUGUUGUACUUUCAUCACUACUUCCCGGCUUUGGUGUUCAACUCGAUGCUCGCAGGUGUGAUGUUGGACUAUCUAACCGGAAAACUUCCCGUCUGGUUGCGGCACACGGUCCUUGGAGCUGCCCUUGCCGCGUUGGUGUACAGUUUUGCCCUUUUCUCGCCACUGGCAUACGGAAUGAACGGACCGUUCUCCCACGAACCGAAUUCGACGCUGGCAGGACUCAAGUGGAUGGAUACGUGGGAAUUUUGAGAUCGAAAAGCAUACGUCAGCUGCCAGUUGUUUUCUUGUUCAGAUAAAAGUUUGUUAAUCGAUUGCCGUACUUCCGUACAUUAUUACUGUACCCUGUUUUCUUGUCAACUAAAUGCUCAGUAGUUAUUAAAAUUAUGUUAGACAAUUUUACGAAUAA